AUGGAUGUUGAUAACGAUAGCGAUAGUGAGAUUGAUAGUGAGAGUGAGACUAACUCGUAUGACGACAUGGAUGCCUUGUUGAAUGAUAGAUUUAGGGAUGUGGUACAAGCGGAAGGGAUAAAAGAAGGUAUGAAUGAAGAUACAAAGAAAUUCUAUGACUUGAUUGAAGAGGCUAGCAAAAAACUGUAUCCCGGUUGCAAGGGAUUUUCUAUGUUGUCUUUCACCAUCCGACUAUACUUGUUAAAGUGUCAACAUGGGUGGAGUAAUACCUCUUUUACUUCUCUCUUGGAGUUGCUAAAAGAGGUUGUUCCUAACUUAAAUAUUCCUACUUCUUUUAAUAAAACCAAGACUAUGGUGAGAGACUUAGGUAUUGACUAUAAUAAGAUUGACGCAUGCCCGAACGAUUGCAUGCUAUAUUGGAAAGAGUAUGAGAAUGACACAUCUUGUCAUGAAUGUGGCGCUUCUCGUUGGAUUGUACAUCCUGUAGUUGAAGCUGAUGUUUUGCCUUCAAAAAAAUCUCACAAUAUUCCUGUGAAGACAUUGCGAUACUUUCCACUAAUUCCUAGGCUUCAAAGACUAUUCAUGUGCUCAGCAAUAGCUAAAAGCAUGAGGUGGCAUGACAAAAAAUGCAGAAAAGAUGACAAGUUAAGGCAUCCCGCUGACGGCCAGUCAUGGAAGGACUUUGACAAUCGUCAUAAAAAUUUUGCUCUCGAUACUCGUAAUGUGAGACUUGGCUUGUCAAGUGACAGAUUCAAUCCAUAUCGAACCAUGAGCAUAUCUCAUAGCACAUGGCCUGUUGUUUUAAUGGCUUAUAAUUUGCCGCCAUGGAUGUCUAUGAAACAGGAAUACUUUAUGUUAUCGUUGUUAAUCCCUGGACCAAAGUCACCAGGAAAUGAUAUAGACAUUUACUUGCAAUCUUUGAUCGAGGAGUUGAAGGAGUUGUGGGAGGUCGGGGUGGAAACAUAUGAUGCAUCAAAAAAUGAAACCUUCCAAAUGUAUGCAGCUCUCAUGUGGACAAUAAGUGAUUUUUCGGCUUACACAAUGCUAUCUAGUUGGAGUACAAAAGGGAAGCUAGCUUGCCCUUGUUGUAACCAUGGGACUUGUUCUAAUUAUCUUAAAUAUAGUCGCAAGACAUGCUACAUGGGUCAUCGUGCCUUUUUGCCUGAGGAUCAUCCAUGGAGAGCUAACAAGAGAUCUUUCAAUGGAAAAGUAGAACAUAGGCAAGCUCCACCAUUAUUGUCGGGUACUGAAGCUUUAAGUCAGUUGGAGUAUGUGGAUAAUUCGUUUGGAAACUAA